AUGCAAGGCCACGCACUGAGCCACGCCCUCCGCGACAGUGGAAGCGAAGACCUUCUCACAGAGGAAGAGCAGCAGCUGCUGGCGGAGCUGGUCGUUUUCCUCCGGACGUUCAAAGACGCCGCGGACGUCCUGUCUGACUCCGAUCAAAGCACCAUCUCCCUCGUGUUCCCCACGUUGAGGGCUCUGAAGCGCCUGUGCGUGCGGCCGAGCCUCACGGCACCGAUGCAUGCGCUUCGCUCAAAAUUGCUUGGCGCCCUCGAGCGCCGGUUCGCCGAAUCUGAGCACGAGAUCUUCCUCACAGCCACGCUUCUAGAUCUCCGCUUCAAACACAUGGUAGAUCGAGACCGCGAGUGGAAAGUCGCCUUUCUUCGGCAGGCGCUCAGAAACACCCGCGAGCGGCCGCCCGUCCCCCCCGCGCCGCCCGUUGGGGGGGCGGUCGGGGCCCAGGAGCGUGCGCGCCCGCCAUGCUCGCAGGCGCCGUUCGCUGCCGCAGGGGCGGAGGCGCCUGCGACUCUGAAUGGCGCGUUGUCUGGCGAGUCCCCCGACGCAGGAGGCAGGCCUAAGAGUGCGGCGUUAGCGGCUGCCGCAGGGGGGCACAGUGGAGUAUUCGCAGUUUCACCCGGAGCUUGGCUGGGUGCAACAAACGGCUCUCCAGUGUCCAACGCGCCGCAGCCGGGAGAUCCCAGCUCCUCGCCGGCCUUUCCAGCGCUUGCCGGCGCAGCCGCGGGGGCCGUGGCGUCUGCGAACGGCGCGGCUUCUGCAGGGCUUGUGCCGGCUGCGGCCGCAGGGGCGACGAGCGGCACCGCGUCUUCUCCGCCCGUCGCAGGCCACGGUGUGGGGAGUCUCGAGUUGCCUCGGCAGCGGACGCCUGCAGCGGGCUCUGGAGGGAACGGCGGAGGAGGCGGCGCGACGACCCCUGGCGGCGGGAGAGGUCAGAAGGGGCAGAGACACCUCGCAGGGGGCGGAGGGAACGAGGCGGCGGGCGCCGGAAGCAUGCAGCUAGCGGUCGCCCUCGCUGCGCAGCAAGCCAAGAAACGCAGGCUCUUGGAUUUCUACGCGAUUCUGUACGAGGGAGAGGAGGAAGUGCGCUUCCAGCCCGCGGCUGCCGGAGUCGACGGAGGCCCUGGCGGGCAGGGGGGAGCAGAACAUACCGAAGAGGAAGAAGGGGAAGCCGCUGACGAGGAGAUCGGCCGGUACCUCGACGCGAGCUGCGUGCGCAGCCGCCAUAUGGAGGGCCUGUCUAUUUUGCAGUGGUGGAAGAUCAACGGAGUGCAGUUUCCGCGGCUGGCUCGGCUCGCGCUCACGCUCCUCGUGGUUCCGGCGGGCUCCCUCGCUGCGGGCGACUUGGAGGAGAAGCGCGCGCGGCUCAGCGGCCCGCUGGUGGAUCAGCUCCUCUUUCUCAAUCGAAACAGGAGAGCGUGUUAA